AUGGGUUUAACUGACAAUGGAAGGGCUCUAUUUAAAUCUUUACUAGUAGAACAAAGAACUAACUCCGUUCCUUAUCAAUUGGUUAAUGGAUUGAGUUAUAAACCAAUUGAUAAAGUUGUUAGUCAAUUUGAAGAUAUUUUUUUUGCUGAAUCUGAAUAUGAAUUUGUUCACAAAGAAGAAGAA